GCCGCCCAGUCCGCACUCGAGUCCUGCCGUCGACGCCUCACUGCCAACGUCGCCCUACCUUCUACUACCAGCUCCCACACCAGCCAUGCAGAUCGCUGUCGCCCUCGUUGCCAAGCAGACCGCGCUCGCGCUCAUCCCGCGCGUUGUGGUCAUGGCUCCGGCCCUCCAGGUCGCUGUCAUGAGCACGCAGCGCACUUUGACCACGCAGGCGCAGGAGAACCGCCGCCCCGUGCUCUUCCGUAAGGACGACGAGAAGGAAAUGCGCAAGCUGCUGCGGAAGCUGCACCUUCAGGCGUGCUACAGCGACAAGGCCGGCUUCCGCGCCCAGGUCGAGCACGACAAGCAGACGCUGGGUGAGAUCCCCGGCCUCGUGCCCGGCGUGGACCUGACCCAGGAGCAGGUGGACGCGCUUCUCAACUGGAAGCACCUGUACUAAAGCGACGAGGAGUCACCAACGGUCUUCACACGGGCGAGAAGCGGAGACCUGGCUGGAUUCCGUUGAUACGGGACCGCAGCCAGCCACCCCCGCUCCCAGCCCCACAUCCGUCUGGGUUCAUCUCCGACGAGGCAGCCUAGCAGCUCCAACCGUGGGGUUGCUACUGCUGUCGCCCGCCGCCCUGGCCCCGGCCCACGUAGACCUCCUCGCUGCACGUACAUGUCCCUACACCCCCGCUCCGCUCGCGACGCGGCCCGCAACGACGAUGCUUUACGUUUGGUAGCAGCAUCCUACAACCGAUUUUGGCAGUGAUCCAUCAUCUUGUAGCUCUCCAUGUUUUUAGUUUUUUCACGCGCUGAUCUAGCGAUGGCCGACUCGGAAAUCAAUAGAUUUUCAACAUGCGGACUAAA